CCCUGCAGCCACGCCAUGGCUGGUACCGAGCAGCUCGGCCGCGCUCCCUCAGCAGCUGCCGCCGCUCCAGGGGCGGGCACGGAGGCGGCCGCUCCGCCGGGGCCGCGUGUGGGCGGGGCGGCUCCGCCCGCGCCGCCAUCUUUGGUGCGGGUGCGGGCGCCGCGGCGGCGCCGCCAUGUCGGGCCAGGGCAAAGCGGCGCCUCCAUGACGGUUUAUGGCCACUGCUCCUUAUCCUGUUGCUGGGUAGCACUGGAAAGAGUCCGGACCACUCUCUUGGCACUCACCUUGGAGGAAGAUCUUGGAGAAGGUGGGAAUCUGUACGCUUUGGCAACCAUGUCUGGAAUUGGCAAUAAACGGACAGCUGGAGAGCCUGGCCCUUCUGCACCUCCGGAGAAGAAGGCAGGGGUUGAAGAUUCGGGCACCACUGUGGAGACCAUUAAACUUGGUGGUGUUUCUUCAACCGAGGAGCUGGACAUCCGGACCCUGCAGAGCAAGAACCGGAAGCUCGCGGAGAUGCUUGACCAGCGCCAGGCCAUCGAAGAUGAGCUGCGGGAGCACAUCGAGAAGCUGGAGCGUCGGCAGGCCACCGAUGAUGCCUCUCUGCUGAUCAUCAACCGAUACUGGAAUCAGUUUGAUGAAAAUAUCCGCAUCAUUCUUAAACGCUUCGACCUGGACCAAGGUCUUGGAGACCUUUUGUCUGAAAGGAAAGCACUGGUGGUGCCAGAACCUGAACCAGACUCUGACAGUAAUCAGGAGCGCAAAGAUGAGAGGGAACGAGGGGAAGGACUGGAGCCAGCAUUCUCCUUCCUGGCCACUCUAGCCAGCAGUACCAGUGAGGAGAUAGAAUCUCAGCUGCAGGAGCGUGUGGAGUCCUCCCGCCGUGCUGUUGCCCAGAUUGUGACAAUGUAUGACAAGCUGCAGGAGAAGGUGGAUGUGCUGUCUCACAAGCUGAAUAGUGGAGAUAUUUCACUGAUGGAAGAAGCAGUAGUGGAGCUUAAUUCCUACCUGUCCCAUGAGAAUGGACGGCUGCAGGAACUGGCAGAUGUUCUUCAGGAGAAGCACAGAAUCAUGUCUCAGGAGUUCUCCAAGCUGCAAGAGAGGGUGGAGACAGCAGAGUCCCGGGUGUCUGUCCUGGAGACCAUGAUUGAUGACCUUCAGUGGGACAUCGACAAGAUCCGCAAGAGGGAGCAGAGGCUCAACCGCCACCUGGCCGACGUCCUGGAACGAGUAAAUUCCAAAGGCUACAAGGUGUAUGGGGCUGGGAGCAGCCUCUAUGGAGGAACAAUCACCAUUAAUGCCCGCAAGUUUGAGGAGAUGAAUGCAGAGCUGGAAGAGAAUAAAGAGCUUGCUGGGAAUCGCCUCAAUGAAUUGGAGGAACUGCGCCAGGGUCUUGAGGAAGUAACAACACAAAAUGAAAAGCUCAAGAUCAUUGUGGUUUACAGCAAGUCCAUGGCUGCCAAUGAGCAAGCAGGCCCAAUUAAUCGGGAGAUGCGUCACCUCAUCAGCAGCCUCCAGAAUCACAACCACCAGCUGAAGGGAGAGGUGUUGAGAUACAAGCGCAAACUGAGAGAGGCCCAGUCUGACCUGAGCAAGAUCCGCUCUCGCAGUGGCAGUGCUCUCCUACAGUCCCAGUCCAGCACUGAUGACACAAAGGAGGAGCCUCCAGAGAUCAAACAGGAGCCUGAUGAUCCUUCUGCCCAAGUGUCUGUUCCCAAGGCUGCUUCUGAAGACGUUAAUGAAAUAAGGGCCAGGCGAGAUGAAGAGGAACGGGAGCAGGAGAGAUAAGAGAGGGAAUGAGAGAAGGAAAAGGAGAAAGAGAGAGCUGUAACAGAGUUGUGCCUCCCUUUCCUGCUCGAGCAGUGCCCAAAUUGGGCACCUGCUCAGGUCAGACUGGAUCAGACUUGUGUUGAGGUGUCCAUAUGUAGAAUUUUUGGCCUGGUGUAUCUGACAGCUGUUCAGCUGCUGGAAACUGGGAGUCAGUUUCUGCCCAGCUCUGGCAACAACUCUGUAACAGCUGAUUCUGCCAGCAGUCAAGGCACUGUAUGUCUCUGCAUGCUUGUGCAGAUGACCGUCCCUUCUCUACACCUUCAGACUCAGAGUAGCUCUGCUGUGGUGCAGACUUCUAGGGAGCGCAUUUUUCUGGUUGUUGGGAUGAUGAUGUUCCCUGAUGCCCUUCCUUCAUCUGUGCUAGGUUUGGUGUGUUUGAGUAAAAUGUUCAGGGUUGCUGUAGGUGGUCCAGGGUACAAUUUUGCCAGAGCCUCUCUGAGCACGGCAGGUGUGCUGCAGGGCCCCUCACAGCUCUGUGUGUGUGUGUUGCAGGCCCGCCUGACGUGCCCGUGCUGCAACAUGCGCAAGAAGGACGCGGUGCUCACCAAGUGCUUCCACGUCUUCUGCUUCGAGUGCGUGAAGACGCGCUACGACACCCGGCAGCGCAAGUGCCCCAAGUGCAACGCGGCCUUCGGGGCCAACGACUUCCACAGGAUCUACAUCGGCUGAGGCCCCCACAGAGGCCCUGCUUGCGCUGAGCCAGCCUCCCUCGCUCUGUGAGCUUCUGCCACCUGAUCUGCAGUGUCUCCUGGGAGGUGCGUUCAGGGUUUCGAAGGAAACGGACUCCAGAUCUUGGUUCCUUUCUUGCCCCUUUCCCUUUGUUCUUGCCCUCGGUUUUUAUGUGCUCUUUGUGCCUGAGAGGAAAUUCCCCAUCCCUUGCUUCCACACUGCCUAGGUGGGAACAUCCAGCUGAAGUCCUGCCUUGACGGGAUGGAAACUGAGGUGCAGCAGAGAUUAGUGAGAGUUUUAUUUGAGAGGUCUGCUUUGGAUGCUAAUUAAAUCCCAUCAAGGUAUGGCAGUGCUCCUGUGGGUGAAUAGUUUCCCAAUUAACAGGCCAAAUAGAGGCCAAAUAACUGAAUCUGUAGACUCAGUGUAGCAACUCCUUAGGUGUGUAUCUUCCUGAGUCAGGGCAAGAACCUCUGAGGGCUGAUGCACUAGGAAACAUCCUCCCUUGCCCCAGACAGACACAUCUAAAGAUCCAGUAGAGGAGAAAGGAAAGAUGCUGGAGACUCUUUGAAAGUAGCAUUCCACUGAUGAGCCCUGGUUGAUGCGGUCACCUUCCCCCUAGGCUGAGGCAUUGCUGUCAUUGUCCUUAUCAGAAAAGGAUUUUUAGGGGUUCCUUUGUUGCAACUUUACCACAAAGAUUAAUCUUGUUAUGCACAAAAUCUAAUUAAAGCUGUUGUUUGGUUUA